UGAAAUAGUUUUCCUGGUUAGUGUUGUGAAUUGGAAAUGCUUCGAGCAAUCUCACAUGAUCAUUGUUGUCAGAAACGCUCUGUGGAAGAAGAAAAAAAAGAAGUAUAGACCUCCAUUUGGUGAAAUCUUACACCCGAACCUACCAUUGCUGAUUGUGGCCAGGAACCGCGCUUGGCAACCUUUGCGCAGAAGCCGGCCUCUAAGAUUUGCAAAAGAGUGAUCUGCCAAUGGACGGCGGAGGACGUUCUGCAGGCGCAGCGGCGGGUUUCCCGCUGAAGGCGUUCGGACGGUUCCCCGACCGUCCGAAGCCAACCGACGGUGCGUCUGGAGGGAUGCUGUCGCCCACGGACAUCUCCGUAGUGCUUGUAGGCACAAUAGUAGCCACGGGUCUGACGCUGUCCAUGCCACUCGUCUUCAUGGCCGUGUUGCCAGGCUGCAUCACGCCCGACCCGCGCUGCUUCGACUACGCGCGAGAGGUGGCAUUGGCCGUCUCCAAAAGGGAGGACGUGGAUCCCUGCGACGACUUCUACAGCUACGUGUGCGGCAACUUCGAAGACAUGUAUCCCAACCACUCGAGCUACUUGGCGCUGCUGGAAUCGAGGCUUUACGCGUACCAGAACCACGUGCUCGAGGACCACUCAGUCGGGAAAAUCGACGAAGUCAGCCGUCACGUGAUCAUCGCUUUCCGCCGGUGCGUCGACGAGUACAGACGAAAUCAGGACAGUCCAACCGCACUACGCUUUCUACUGCUAAGCGCGGGCAUCCACUGGAGCCCCGAGGUGCUCGCCUACACCCGCCAGGACAUCCUCGGCGUCCUGCUAAGGCUGUCACUUGAGAUCGGUGUUCCCGUCCUCCUACACGCCGUCCUCGGCCCGUCGCUGAAGCACACCGCCGAUAGCAGACGGGCACUGAACCUAGACUUCCGGUUCCCACUGCUUCCGGCCGAUGCCGGUGAGCGGACGCUUUCGGUCGUGGAGGACACCCUGCGGCUGGUCGCACACAACGGGACAGUCUUUGACCGGUUUCGACACGAGGCCAUGCAAGUUCUGCUGACGCUGAGGAGGCUGUGGUCACGGCUGAAUGCAUCCUUGCACUUUCGGGGAGGGCUCCAGUACGUCAAGUUCUCGCAGGCGCACGAGCAUCUUGUGAAGUUUACUGAACCGGGCGAGCUUUUGAAGCUGACGAACGAUGCACUGCCCACCGAUAGAAACCGAGACUACUUCGGGCCGGACGACGACGUGGUGACCUCCACGCCAACUCUGGUGACCACCUUCGCAGACUUCAUGGCUGUGACAAAACCAAUUGACCUGGUUCUCUUGGUACGGUACCUGGCUGUUGAAAGCCUUCUCCCGGUGUCAUCCAGCCAUCUUGUCGACGUGUACAGCAUCGACCGGAGGGAAGCCUUCCGUUUGCGCGUCCGUGCUUGUUUGCGUGCUGCCAUCGACAUCAUGCCGCGGGCCUGGGAAUACCUCUUCUACCAGGAACGCCUGGGUCAGAGGUACCCCGCACUAGACGCCACCAUGACCUCCAUCCUGGACUCUGCGAUGGACCAGUACUCGUGGAUGGAUGACGAGACGCGGCAGCGCGCCGAGAGGAGGCUCUACCAGCUCCGCAUCGUGCUAGGGCCUCCGUCCGCGUUCUCGAAGCACGAGGCCGUGCAGAGGCGCUAUAAGCACGCGAAGCCACUGCCCGAGUCCAUGUCAUUCGCCGCCUGGAUACUGGAGAAUCGCGCCGCGGAGAUGAUGGCGCGCGCGCGCGAACUCGCGGAAAACAGCGGGACCCCUUCUAUGGAUACGUUCGAGCCAGACGCGUUCGUGGACACGGUCCCCAGCGCUGUGCUGGACACCAUGCGCCGGCAGCUGCUCGUGUCUCCAGCCAUGCUCUUCCCCCCGUUCGUGGUGCCCGACGACCUGCCCUACUCGGCCAUUGUGGACUACGCAGCACUGGGUUCCAUCACUGCCUCGCUAGUUGCACGCCACUUGGACCCUGUGACGGGCGUUUACGACCUCCUGGGCAUUCGCAAGGAGACGUGGUACACGCCCCAGAGCAAUGAGACCUACUUCAAUCUGCUGCGCUGCAUUCAACUCCGUCAGGCCUCCUACGAAGGAGUUGACGUCACCAGUGAAGAAGCAUCUGAGGUCUUAGCGCAUACAGUCGGGCUCCGAAUGGCCCACUCUGCAUAUCGUAAACGCGCCGAGAAAGACGCAGGAUCCAACAGCGGUCACUCCUCGGGCAAGCAGAUCCCGCUCUUCGAGAGUAGGCCGUCCCUCGGCAUCGACGAGUACUCCGGAGCAGUCUACGACGCGGAGCGGCUCUUCUUCGCUGCUUACUGCCUCCAGCUGUGCGGCGUCGUGCUUCCGCGUGGCGUGACUGGCUCGCUGCCGCUUAACGUGCGCUGUAACCUGCCGCUGCGGGAAGUGCCCGGGUUCGGGCGCGCCUUCAACUGCCCCAACAAUAGUGCCAUGGUCUCUCGAGACGCCUGCCUGUGACUCAUUCGCACAAGGUUGCCGCAUCGAAAACCAGCUUAUUUUGACAAGUCUUACGACGAACGGCGGACGUUAGCUAGUGUUAUAACAGCAAUAAUUUUAGUUGUGUUGAAAGCCACCGCACAGGAACUCAUUUCAUAAUAAAAUUGGGCAAUUAACUUUC